GGAUAGAAUUCUCCGCCAAACUUCCAACCACCACGCUGGGCUACUGAGCACAACGUUUCUACCGUUCGCCUUACCCAACAUGGUUGAACUGGAUGAAUGGAUUGCUACGGUCAGAAAAUGCAAAUACUUACAUGAACAUCAGCUGAAACGGUUGUGUGAACGCGUUAAAGAAAUUCUCAUGGAGGAAUCGAAUAUUCAGCCCGUUCGGACGCCGGUGACUGUGUGUGGUGAUAUCCAUGGACAAUUCUACGAUUUGCUGGAGCUCUUUCGUGUGAGUGGUGAACUCCCUACGACAAACUAUAUUUUUAUGGGCGAUUUCGUCGAUCGGGGAUACUUUAGUUUGGAAACAUUUACUUUGUUUAUGUUGUUGAAAGCACGGUAUCCCGACAAAGUGACUCUUCUUCGUGGAAACCACGAGAGUCGUCAAAUCACACAGGUGUAUGGCUUCUAUGAUGAGUGCCAAACAAAGUACGGUAAUGCAAAUGUGUGGAAGUAUUGUUGCCAGGUGUUUGACUUCUUAACUCUGGCCGCAAUCAUCGAUAACAAAAUUCUCUGUGUUCACGGUGGUCUUUCGCCGGAGGUGCGCACGCUGGACCAGAUUCGUAUUCUUGCCCGUGCACAAGAAAUCCCCCACGAAGGAUCUUUCUGUGAUUUAAUGUGGUCGGAUCCUGAAGACAUUGAAUCGUGGACUGUGUCGCCGCGUGGUGCCGGCUGGUUGUUCGGUAGCAAAGUAACAACCGAGUUUAGUCACAUUAAUGGUCUCAGUCUCAUUGCCCGUGCUCACCAGCUUGUGCAAGAAGGCUACAAAUUCCAUUUCCCCGAAAAAAGCCUCGUUACCGUUUGGAGUGCUCCCAACUACUGCUACCGCUGUGGAAACGUUGCUAGUGUAAUGAAGGUGGAUGAGACGCUGGAACCCGACUUCCGCAUCUUCUCUGCCGUCCCGGACGAAGAGCGUUCAGUACCUCCUAGUCGAAAAAGAAGUGAGUACUUUAUUUGAUGGAUAGUUAUGACAGCGCAAAUAGUGCACGAAAUAUCCCGCUUCUUCAAUUUUGUUGCGUUCCCAUCAGCUGUCAGGAGGCAGAUUGUUCCGGCUUUGGACUUUGUUUCCCUUCGGCGUUGCAUCAUAUGUGUCCCUGUGUGUAUAUGCGGACUUUCUACUUCUCUAUUUCUUGUUUCUUCGGUUUCAAGUGUCUCAUCUCAAAUGUGCAUCCGUGUCUUCUGAGUGAAACUGGUUCUUUUUACGACUAUGAAGCACUGUCUUCAUCCGUUCUGUCCCCUCCCCCCUUUUUUCGUAUGCGCACUUUCUCGUAUAAAAUGAGUUCCACGUUGUGGGCACUGUAGGUGGAAAUUGGUUUAUUCUCUCUCUCUCUCUCUCACGCACACUCUCUCUCCAGUGCGACGUCUUGUUGCGUUCAACUCUGCACGAUGAUAUGGGUCAUUAUGCCUCCUCCGUGAGCGGUUUUCUUACAACAGCUUUCAGUAACAAAAAAAAAGUCUUCCGUUUGUGUUGUAACGAGUUUUGUUAAUCGUGUUCCGUUCAGGCGUUUACCCGCCGGUUUUGGAUUGGACUGAGAAACGACAUUAAUUUAAAUGCACUAAUUUAAUUCCAUGUUUCUAUGUGGGUGAAGGUCUAGUGUGCAGCAAUGAGUCUUCGGAUUCGCGCAAACGAAGGGCUGCGAAUGUGUACGAUGGCUUUCGACCAGUUUGCAUUGCUGUGAACAUGUAAAAUCACUUCGGGAUUCUUAAUCGUAGGGAUCGAAUUCAGUCUUGUGGAUUUAAAAAAAAAAAAGGCGCUAAUUUUCGCCUGUACGAUGUCGCCGGGCAUGGACUCAUGUAAUCAGGAAUCCUGUCUUGAUAUUAAUUUCGUUUGGCUACUGGUGAACUGGAAAUCGUGAACAGAUUGGUAUUCAAUGAUUUAAACAGUACUCAUCGCUGCCGUAUAUUGUGUGAGUCCACAUGUUGCGAAAUGACCUUUAAUGCAUUUUCUUUAUGAUUGUUGUCCUUUUCACUAGAUCCAUUGGUAGUAAUGAUUGAGUAAGUGUUAGAGUGAGAGAGAUUUAGUGAAACUGGUUAUUUUCGAUUUAUGUUCAUUAAAACAACGAGGGAUGUUCACUAAGGUAUUUGCUUACGAAUAGUACUUCAUUAAAUAUUAUUUUGUUCAAAUGAUCGAGAUAGGAC